UCACGUACAGAACGAAAAGUGAAUUUAUAGUGAAGUCAAAGCGGUUCGUGGUCGUUGUUGUCGUCGUUUGAGAGUAUGUUUAUAUGUACGGUGAAUGUGUUAUUACGUUGCCGGUAAAACGAAGCGCAGUUCGUGGUGUAUUAUUAGAAGGAAGUGUGUAACGAAACGAAACGAAACGAUUAAUAGACGACGCGUUGAAGCGAGUACCGGAAUCGGAAAUAAAGUGUAGUGUAAAGUGUAUUGUAGGCUAUAAAGAAUAAUCAAAGCAACAACCCACCCACCAACGAAAGAGGGUGAGUCCGUGUGCGCGUGUGUGUUUCAUUCAGUUGUGGUGCGAAAGGAAGGAAGUGUGGUGAAUUUUGAAAUAUAUCAAAAGCUAUACAAUACACAUGCAACGCAUAGCACCUCGCGUGAUAGUUAAUAGUGGCGUGGCGUAUCGUGUAAGUGAUUCGGCAGCCGAUUGCUGCUUGUACUUAGCCGAAAAAUAGUUGGUUAGCUGCUGCCUAGGCUACGGCUACUAGGCAAACUGGUCCAUGCGUGCAGAUAAUUAGCAAACGCUUGCACGUUCGCAACGUCAGAAGAACGUCAGCAGCUGACCGUGUUGGACCACUGACACGGAAGCUCCAACGUCCCCAUUGUGGGCAGUCCAAAACAAAGUCGUUGUCAUAGGAAAGUGUUUAGUGUGAACAAAAGUAUAUUUUCAAAUAAAAAUAUUGGCAAAUGUUGUUAUUGUUGUGCGUGCGAAGUAAGCGCAUAAAUAGGCGUCAGUCCGCCUGUCAGUUAUUUUUGUGUCGUCUUUUUUGAACCUUCAAUCCGUCCACAUAACGGACAGCUGUUGCGCGUGUUCGUGUGCGGCUCUUGGCUAUUUUGGUAUUCCGUGCCGUCAACGCCUGUUGGCUGUCUGGUCGCGCGGCUAGACCAGCGACACGGUAGACUGUGUGACGCCGAGACCCAGCUUGUGCUUGUAUUGUCUUAACGAAAGUUGUUUUUGAGUUGAGUGUGUGUCGCGGCAGCGGAUAAUUUAUGAAAGAUAUACACACGUCCAUAGAUUUGUACAUACUUUAAGUGCGCGAAAGGAAGAGCGUCUCGUGGCGUGUCUUGAAAAAUUAAUCGCGCGCGCGUGGGCUACGACUGAUAAGCGACGUGUGUUAAGUCAAUCACAAAAGUGAUAUUUCACAGCGAAACGAAAAUAAGGAGGGCAAAUACGACACGCGCACUGAUGGAAAAGUCGCACUGUGCUCGCCACCUUCAGUCUGGCUAAAAACUCCCGCAGUACUUAGGCUUCUACAACACGAACACGUCUAUGCAAAUUGGCUGAGGUGCGCGAAUUUUUUUGUUGUGGCCUGCAAAUUCAGUCGCUAACGCAGAGGUGCGAAUGAAAGCCGGCUCGAGCUCGUAGACAACACACUUUUUUUGCGUUUCUUUUCAGCGCGCAUUAAGUGCAACGGCUUGUAGUGCAUUCCAGCGUUGGUACUCUUUUCGUGUCACGAUUUUUUUUACGUUAUAUUUGCUGCGGUAGACGCCGAUUCCGCACGCCGCAAGACCCCAAUGGGCAAUUAAGGUGCAAACGUGUUGUCAUUUAAUUAAAAAUUAAAAAUUCUACUAGAAUACAAAUUAGCCCGAGGAUCGGUCGGUCGCCUGUACGUACGGGUAGGUCCACAAUUGCAUGCAGCACGUGCUGUGGUUGAAGAGUGGACCCGCGCUGUGUAUUGAAGGCAAAUUGCAAAAAAACGAGAAUAAAUAAUAAAAAUACAAUAAAAACAACACGACAACGUAGCAUAUUGCUAAUAGGAAGUAUUGCAAGUGUUAAUCGGUCGCGUGUGACUUGAAUACGUGAAACGCACACAGCUCGUACGUUUGCAUGCAACGCGACUGAGCAGCUAAAUUGCUAAAAAUUAUAAGCAGAAAACAUUGAGUAAUGUGUACGCGCCCAAACAUGACGAAGACAAAGGCCGCAGCCCCACAUAACAACAACAAAGAUAACAAUAAAGCAUACCAUAGACGCUUCAGCGUCUUGCACAACAUGCCAGCUGUCAUCUGCUUGUGCAUUUGUAUGCUCAGCUAUGCGCUACAACCCAUCAGCAGUGUUGCCGCCGCCGUCUCCUCCUCCUCCUCUGCGCAUUCCGACAGCGACCCUUGCUACUUCGAGGACAAGCCGCGCAAGUGUCUGCCCAGUUUCGUGAAUGCGGCCUACGGUAAUCCCGUGCAGGCGUCCAGUGUUUGUGGCGCGAGUCGGCCGGAGCACUUCUGCGAAAUCAAUCGCGAUGGCACGCUCAGCGAGUGUAACGUGUGCGACAAUAGCCGUGCUGAAACGCGUUUUCCCGCUAGCGCCUUAACUGAUUUGAAUAAUCCCAACAAUGUGACUUGUUGGCGUUCGGCGAGCGUGCCGGUGCCGGCCGAUGUGGAUACUGCGCCACCGGAUAAUGUAACGCUCACGCUGUCGUUGGGCAAGAAAUAUGAAUUGACCUAUGUAACGUUGUCAUUCUGCCCGAAAUCGCCACGUCCCGACUCAUUGGCCAUUUACAAGAGUUCUGAUUACGGUCAGACCUGGCAACCCUUUCAGUUCUACAGUUCACAAUGUCUAAAAUUUUAUGGACGACCGGAUCGCGCUAAAAUCAGCAAGUUCAAUGAGCAGGAAGCACGUUGCAUAGAUUCACAUCGUGAUGGCAGCACCAACCGGUUCGCAUUCAAUACACUUGAAGGUCGUCCCUCGGCCAAUGACUUGGAUGCAUCGCUUAUACUGCAGGACUGGGUUACCGCCACCGAUAUACGCGUUGUCUUUCAUCGGCUCGAGCUGCCACGUGAGCUGGCGGCGGCGCAGGCAAAGGAUGCCGCCAAACCAGCUGCGAAUAGUUUUAGCGAUGAGAUGGGCAGCAGUCAGGAGGACGAAGACGACGAAGAUGAGGAGUAUGACUAUAAUCUACAAGGCAACGAUAGCACAUAUGAAGAUGAAGACUAUGCUGCCGAACCCAAGAAGCAUUUAGAGUUGGACGAUGAUAAUUUAGAUUUAGACUAUCCAAACGAUGGCAGCAUCAGCAUCGUGCCAGAGGUCAAGCGUUACAACAACAAACCGAAGCUGACCGCCUAUGAGAAACAUUACCAAGCCAAAACAGCGCUUGCUGCAGCUGCGGUCGCGAGCACCACAAAGGCGGAUACCGCAACAUUGGACAAACAUGCGGUUGGCAGUGAUGGCAAAGCAGCGCCUAAGCCUACCACCAAGGAUCUAUUGUCCAUUUCACAGCAUUAUGCCGUCUCGGAUUUUGCAGUUGGUGGGCGCUGCAAGUGCAACGGACAUGCCUCCGAGUGUGUAGCCACAGUGGGACCCAAUGAUGUGCUACCGCGCAUGUAUAAUGCUGGCGAUGACUUCGAUGGCACUGGUGUUGCGCACACCAAUAGCAACCACAACAACAACAUCAUCAACAACAAUAAUAACAAUGCCAAUGUGAAUGUCAAGUUGACAAUGACGUGCGCUUGCAAGCACAACACAGCCGGACCGGAAUGUGAACGUUGUAAGCCAUUCUACUUCGAUCGUCCAUGGGGACGUGCAACGGACACCGACGCCAAUGAAUGCAAAAUGUGUCAAUGCAAUGGACAUGCUAGACGCUGCCGUUUCAACUUGGAAUUAUACAAGCUAUCAGGCCGCAUCUCGGGCGGUGUUUGCUACAACUGUCAACACGACACAACCGGCCGUUAUUGUCACUAUUGCCGCGAGGGCUUUUACAGAGAUGCCACGAAGGCUUUGAAUAAUCGCAAAGUAUGCAAACGCUGCGACUGUCAUCCUGUUGGCUCUACCGGCAAAACUUGCAAUCAUUUGAGCGGUCAGUGCCCUUGCAAAGAAGGCGUGACCGGACUGACGUGCAAUCGCUGUGCGCGGGGUUAUCAGCAAACACGCUCGCAUGUGGCACCCUGUAUAAAAUUACCGUCCAAAGCGAAUAUGAUACAAGCAGAGAGUGCGGUUAGCGAAUACCGAGAACCCGCUGGACCCGAUGACGAAAUGAAAAAGUAUUGCGGCAAAUGCAAGGCCAGCCCGAAAAAACUCAAUUUGAAUAAAUUCUGCAUGGAGGAUUACGCAAUUUUAGCAAAAGUCAUUGGGCAUGACCGCGCUUCGCAGGACAUCAAUACGGAGAAAUUUUCGAUUGAACGACAAAAUGAAAUUUUCAAAUACGAAAUAAAUAUACAGACGAUUUUCAAGCGCAACCCUUUGCAGGGCACAACGAGUUCGCUGCUGGGCAGGGGGCAUAUGAUGUGGCUGGUGCCGCGCAAGAGCCUCGAAUGCCAGUGCCCCAAAAUUAAGUUGAACAAAUCAUAUCUUAUACUUGGACGUGAUUCGGAGGCCGCACCCGGCUACUUGGCCAUCGGACCCAGUUCGGUGGUGCUCGAAUGGAAGGACGAGUGGUCCUUGCGCAUGAAACGUUUCCAGCGGCGAGCGCGUAAAUGUAGUUGAAUCGAACCGGAAACGGAAUAUGUCAGAACGGAUUUCAAUUUCGUACAUUUGGAUCGAUAUCGUUUCUUGUAUAAAUUGUACAGUUUACUCAAAUUUUUGACAUUCUUCGGUAUUAUGCUAUAAACAAAUAACAACAAGAACUAAUAAACAACAAACAAAAAAAUAACAAAGAACGUAAGAUACAUACAUACAAACAUAUAACGUAAAAAACAGAAACAACAACUAUAACAAAAUUAUAAUGAACACAAUACAUACAUAAGCAAAGUCAUAUUUAUGCAGCAAAUAGGAAAAACACUCAAACAUACACAGAGACACAUACAUACAUAUACAUAUGAAUGGAGUAUAAAAAGUAUUAGCAAAAUGUGAGACGAGCGGUGGAAGCGGCGGAGUGAAUUCAUUUAACUGCGGUGUAGCGAAAAAAAAAUCGAUUUAAUAAAUAUGACUUUAAUGAUUUAUAAACCUGAUUAAGCUGAUUGCGCACACAUA